CGAGCCGCGUUUCGCGCUACGUGUUCAACACAUGCAAUUUUCAUGCACACGCAUACUGUAGCCACUUAUAUUCUGUUAAACGUCUUUCUGCGCACUACCGUAUCUACCAGCCACUACUGGAGGUCGAGGGGUUGUCGGGAAAAUGCUCCCCCGGAUUCUGAGUGCUUCUGUUCCGGCACGAACAAUGGACGCUCAUUGGCUGGAUCUGAAAAUCGAAUACAGGAUCUCACCACUAUGUAUGAGAACUGUACACGGGUAUACGGUAACGUUGAAAUCACUCAUCUGACAAAGACGACAAUGACAAAUUGGACUGAUGCCGAUUUCAGCCGGAAACUGAAGAUAUUUGAACAUAUCCGAGAGAUCAAAGGAUACCUACUCAUUUACAACGUCGACAUCCGCAGCAUUGAUUUUCCAAACCUGAAAAUCAUUUGGGGUGACGAUUUACUGGAUGACACUAGCGCUUUGACGCUGAGUAGCAAUUUGGAGUUGAAGGAAUUGCGAAUGCCGAAGUUGAGAGCCAUACAGAAAGGAAAUGUGCGUAUUGAAAACAGUACAUUCUUAUGCUAUCUACAAUCAAAAGUCAAUUGGGAUGAGCUGCUGGAAGAUGAUGCUUUGAAUCGUCUCAUUGCUUCUGAAUCAGCAUUUCGGCAAUGUGGUACCUUACCGAUAAAAUGCACCGGAUGUGAGCAUUGUUGGAGCGGGAAACAGAAAUACUGUCAAGAAGAAUACCGAUCCGUUUGUGGGGAUAAAUGCGCUUCUCGCCAGUGUUUCUUGCCAGCUAAUUCAAGCACUUACGAAUGUUGUCAUGAAGCUUGUACCGGUGGCUGUACAGGACGUGGUGCCCAUCAGUGUGUGGCCUGCCGUGAGCUAAGCCUUGACGGCGUUUGUGUGCAUCAAUGCCCACCUAUGAUGGUCCAUGAUUCAAAGAAAGGAAUGUUGGUCCCAAAUCCCAGAGGACGUUACGUCUACGAUCGAUACUGCGUCGAGGAAUGUCCUAAAGAACUGCUGGUCGAAAGGGAUGCUUGCGUUCGCCAUUGCUCUGUGGGAUCUCAUCAUGAUAUGACGAAAGAUUCUAGGAGAUGUGAGCCGUGCAAAGGGGUCUGCCCAAAAGUAUGUCAAGUGACGAAAGCUCUGACUGGAUCCAUUCUUCGCAAUCUCACUGGCUGUGAAGAAAUCGAUGGCUUUAUCGAUAUCCAGGAUUCAAAAAUGAAUUCUUAUACCGACGGUUACACACGGGAAGAUCUUAACGCUCUCAAAUCGGUUCGCAUGAUUUCCGAGUAUGUACAAAUUGCUACGCAGACGGUUUCGCCAAGGAAUUUGUCAUUCUUGGAAAACUUGGAGUUUAUUGAAGGAAGGAACUUAGUGACGUCCCGGUUCGCACUUGCAAUCAACAAGAAUGACAAUCUUGAACAACUUGGACUUCGCAACCUCAAAAAGAUCAAGGCCGGUAGUGUGAUUAUAACCGAGAACCAUGGACUAUGCUAUGCAAAGACGAUUCAAUGGGAUAAAAUAAUCGCACCGACUGCACAGGCUGUGAUCAGCAAAAACAUGGACAAUAAAUGUGAACAACGAAAUCGAAAAUGUGAUCCGAAUUGUGAUCCAGCUGAAGGUUGUUGGGGACGUGGCCCAACAAUGUGUACCAAGUGCCGAUAUUGGAAACUAGAUGAGGCUUGCGUCAAAGAGUGUCCAAAAGAAGGUUAUUACCAAGAUCACACCACAAGAAAAUGCCUACCUUGCUAUGAAGAGUGUUUAACGUGUAGUGGACCAUCUGCUAGGGAUUGUCGUACCUGCAAACAUGUGAGACUAGUAGAAGAAGAGGAAGUCACCUGCCUUCCAAAAUGCAAUAACACGUAUUACCAAGACGGAAUCGACUGCAAACAUUGUCAUCCAGGUUGUUCAGGUCUAAAGUGCACAGGUCCUGGAGACCACUUAGGAGCAGGUGGAUGCACAGAAUGCUUGUACGCGCAGGUUUCCGGCGAGCAUGAGGUAAGCCGUUGUUUAAAAGCUCCACCAUCGAUGCAAGAAGUAUGCCACGACCUUCCCGGGCAUUAUCCUUCAACUCAAGCAAUCGAAGGAGUUCGACUUGUGCAUUGCGAUCCAUGCGAUGAACAAUGUGUUUCAUGUACUUCGGCUGGCCGUUAUGUAUCAGCUAACGGAUGCGUCUGUAAAGGUUAUGCUAACGAAGUAGAGAAAGACUCAACCUGUUUUGACAAAUGUUUCGAGUCACAUUACGAAGCUGUGCCAAAAAAUGGAUCUAAGCCCGGAGUGUGUAAAAAUUGUCAUCCUCUAUGCGAUCGAGGACACGGCUGUACUGGCCCAACACAAGCUGACUGUAUACUAUGUAUGUACGCCACCAUAGCUGGAAAGGAUGGCGAAAAGAAUGUUUGUGUUGACGAAUGCCCGGAAGAGCUCCCAUUUAUUGACGAUCUAAAAAUUUGCCAUGAAGUCGAUAUCAAAAAAGAACGCGAACGACGUUCAAAAAUGAUCGCAACCGCGCUGAUUAUAGUAUUUACUGUGCUGGUCACUGCUAUGCUUAUAGUCUGUAUGCGAUGUCGCACUUUCAAAAGAAAAUUGUUAAAAGAACAAAUUAGCAACUAUGUAGACAUACCCGAAAUGACUCCCAUAGAUCCAUCAAUCCGGUCAAAUAUGAGCCGCGUAAACUUGAUUACCGCUGGAGAAUUACAAACCAAAGGUACACAGCUAGGAGCUGGCGCAUUCGGAGUGGUCUACGCGGGUUUCUGGUUCCCGAAAGGAAAAGGCAAGAUAAAAGUACCGGUGGCGAUAAAGCUUGUCAAAGGUACCUGCACUGGCAAAGAGGAAUCAGAAAUGUUGAAUGAAGCCAUGCAAAUGGCGUCAUUGAAACACGAACAUCUUUUGCGUUUGGUAGGAAUCUGUCUGCACGAAGAAGGAAUACAGCUGGUGACCCUGCUCCGCCCACUGGGGAAUCUCUUGAACUUCCUGAAAAAGCACAAAGCUCAUCUAUCUGGAAAGGACUUGCUGCUGUACUGCUAUCAGAUAUCAUCUGCCAUGAAAUACCUGUACGAACACCGAGUCAUUCACCGUGAUUUGGCUGCAAGAAAUGUUCUAGUUAAAAGGCAUAAUCACGUUGAAGUAACUGAUUUUGGACUGGCAAAACUUCUCGACUAUGGUCAAGAUAAGAUCAAAGUCAUGGAAGGCAAGGUGGCUAUAAAAUGGUUAGCGCUGGAGUCAUUGAAGGACCAAAGCUAUACUCAUCGAACUGACGUUUGGGCUUUUGGAGUAACAUGUUGGGAAAUUCUCACAUUUGGACAGAGCCCCUACCAAGGCAUGGAUGUGUGCGCUAUAAAGAAUUUUCUCAAAGAAGGAAACCGCCUCUCCCAACCAAAUAAUUGCUCUGCUGAGCUGUACCAAGUUCUAUUACAGUGUUGGAUGGCUAAUCCUGAAUCUAGACCAACAUUCACAAUGUUGUACGAUCGAUUCCAGAACUUUUGCAAAAUCCCUCAUUUAUAUGUUGUUGAUCAAACCGCACCACAAGCUUUUAUUGAAACUGAGAGUCAACGAGAUCUAUUACGAGAACUCUUGAACGACUCAGAGAAUGACUUCACAGAUCCAUUGAACUACUUCGAGACUUGCGAAAAUCCUGAAUCGCCCACUGGCGACUUUGAGGGGAAUUUUGCGCCACGAAAUGUACGACGAUUGCAAUCAACCAGCUCGCAUAGAUAUCAGACCGAUCCAAUGAUACGGCCGACCGUUCGAGCAUCCGAAAUAGGAAUGGAUGACGGCAACUACUUGAUACCAAAUGCGAAGUUGAUGAGCGAACAGCACGCUACAUUAUACACGCCUGUUGUGGUGAACGAGAACGGCGCAACAGAGCUGAUAAAUAGCCAUGAAUAUUACAAUGAAGCCAAAGCGAAAGCAGAGUACUACAAUGACGUACAUGGCACCCAAGCAUCGGAACAGCUUGUCCAAAUCUCAGAGGAAAAUCCUGAAGAUGUGGCUAAGGAAAGCGCUUUGUGAUUUGUAGUCCAGUAUCACGUAGAUCUUAC